AUGUUAUGUUAUUUACACGCUGUUUUAUUACUGAUAAAUUGUGCUGUAGCAUCUGCAUGGACUGUUGAAGAGCUUGCCAUUUACGAUUUAGUUGAUGAAAUUGGUCAGAGUUUCUAUGAGUUUUAUGCCAUUCCGAAGGAUGCGUCACUUUCUGACAUCAAAAAAGCGUAUCGUCGACUGAGCAUGGAAUGGCAUCCAGAUCGUAACUCGAACAAAGAAGCUGAAACACAGUUUCGUAAGAUCGCUGCUAUUUAUGAAGUUUUGAAGUCCCAUAAUUUAAGGCAGAAAUAUGACCAUGUUCUAGAAAAUGGUUUACCGGACUGGAAACAGCCUGUAUUUUACUAUCGACGUGCUAAAAAAUUAUCGUGGUUUGAGGGCAUGGUUGUGCUGGUAGUAAUUUUUUCAAUUGGUCAUUAUUUCAUGUUAUGGGGUGCUUACAUUGAUAAGUAUUUGACUUUGUCUUCAAAUCGCGCAAAAUUACGUAAGAAAGAUAUUCGGCAGAUGAAAAAAGCAGGCAAUGAUGCUGAAACAUUAUAUGAGGCAGAAAUCACUGAAAUGCUUUCCGAUAUUUGUCCGUCUUGGCGGAAUUCUUUACCAGUGUUGAUUGCAUCACUUUUCUACAAUAUUGCUAUUUCCCUGCCGAGUUUUAUUCAAAGUUAUAUUAACACAUAUUACCAUAAAGAAAUAAAAUCUGAGAAAGAGAUUGAAAAAGAGCUUCCUUCACGUCGUUAUGUCACAGCACCGCAACCUAUUUAUGAAUAUGCUGUAGCAUCUGAUGUAAAACCAGUCUCUUCCUGCGUAUCUAAUGAAGACUAUGGUGAACAAUAUAUUUCGCAAAAUGCUUUGCAUAGUGGUGCAUGGAGCAGCAAAGAAUUAGCUUUAUUGAUUAGACUUAGCACCGAUAAGUACCCAGCUGGCACACCAAACAGGUGGGAUUUGAUUGCAAAAGUGCUAAAUCGGGCAACACAAAAUGUAACUUCGAUGGCUGGUAAACUAAAGCACAUGAAUAAAGAUCAGUAUACAAAGCUAAUUCGUGACGAUCAGUCAAGUGCAUUUGCUCGCAGUGCUUCGCACGUAACGACUCUCAGACCAUCAAACCAAUGCUCUGAUGUAAAUUUAACUGAUUUUAAUAUUUCAUGUGAAGAUAAUUGUGGAAAGAUCUCAGAUUUUUGGUCGGAAUCUGACCAAAGAUUAUUUGAAUCAGCACUGCAACAAUUUCCUAAAGGCACUGUCGAUCGGUUAGAGUUUUAUGUCAGAGUUUGA